AUGUUAUAUAGACAUGAAAGACCAAAGCAUCUCACCUGUUCACAAUGCGGAAGAAUUUGUUGGACAGAAGAAGGCUUGAAAAAGCAUGAAUUACGUCCUCAUCGUUUUCCUUGUGAGGUCUGUGAAAAAAUGCUUCGAAAGGAUGCACUCAAGCCACAUAUGAAUAGGGUGCAUUUAAAAAUUAAACCAUAUGAGUGUGAUAUUUGUGGAAAAAAAUUCUGUAGAACAUCUCUUUCUCGCCAUGUGAAAACGCAUAUUGUUUGGGAACACAGACCAAAAGACUUUCAAUGCUAUAUUUGUGAAACUUCUUUCUUCGAUGAUAAAGUACUUCAAAAACAUAUCAUAAAUGUUCAUGAAAGUCGGAAGAAUCUCAAAAAUUCAUCAAAAAUUGAUUGUAAAACUUGUGGUAAAGUUUUUCAAGUUCCAAGUGCACACUUCAACCAUAUGAUUAAUAUUCACAAAAUCACGCCAUCCAAAGAACAACUUCAAACAACAGUUGCUUGUGGUGUUUGUGGGAAGCGUUUCUUCACUAUUCAAAAUUUGAAAAUGCAUACUAAAUACCUUCAUGAAGAGAAAAAUUACGCUUGUGAUUAUCCUGGCUCAUAUUUUCAUGAACCAUAA